ACGAUGUAGGUAUCUCGAAAUUGGCGUCCUCGAAAACCGUGUUAUCGAUAUCGGUCAAGUAAACUAGUAUUUGUUUUGACUUUCUUGAAGAAUGGGUUAAACUGCUGUGUUGCGUUGUGACUUGUGAGUUGCAUGUUCGGGCCAUGUUCCAUGAUCGAAUAAUCAAGAGGAUACCUGGCAAAUUGCCUCCUGUAUCUGGAAAAGAAAAACAAGGACAUUUGGAUGAUUUGUCGACGAUUCCAUAUUCGCAAUUAUUGGACCUUAUUGCCAGACAGGAGAAACUUGUAUCCAAUAAGCCUUUCCUUAGCAAGUUACCCGAUAAAGGCAAAAAAAUACAAAAAUUUUUAAGUGCUUUGAAAGAAGAGCAGGCAAACAGGAAUGAAGUUGAAGAAGUUACCAGUGUUCUUGCUGACAUGAAAAUUGGAAGUGAUGAUGUGGAAUGGUCAGGCAGUCCCAGUUUAAAUGUUAAUGGUCAAAAGAAAGUAAGCCAAGAUGAAACAAGAAGGAAGAAUAUUUCAUCUUCAGAAGACUCUGAAUUUCAAAGCCAGGAAAAGCAAGAAAGAAAUCUAACAGCCAACCAAGUUGCAAGAGAGUUUGGAGAAGUACCCUAUGUAAAAAGUGUCAUACACAAGGUGGAAAAGCCUGAUACAGAAAAACAAGAACGUUUCAAACCAAACAUGUCAAAGAAAUCUGCAGAUAAGGAAGAGAAGCCCCAGAUACAAAAAACUAGACCCCAUUGGGAAGUCACUGCAGCCACACCUCCACCCUCAGUUUAUAAUGAUGUUAAGGUGUUAACCCUAGAGGAAUCACUUGCACUUCAGAAAGAACAGUUAUUGAGAUUAAAGGAGGCACAAGUGAAGCAGGCACAAGAGCGCUUAGCUGAACAGUGUGGUAACAUGGGUCUCAAGUUAUCCAAUAUAAGUGGACAGAUGCUUUACCGUCAGAGGCGGGAGUCAUUGAGUGACAGUUCUAAUACUGACAGUGGUGAUGAAGAAAAGCAAGCAUUCGAAGAAGAGGAAGAAGAACAUGAAAAUGAUGUAGCAGUUAUCGUGUCAUUAAUAGACAGUUAAAUUGUUUCAUGGAUUUUCCUUGUAAGUGACACUGUGCAACAUCUGUGAUCAGUAAAUAGUUGAUGUAAUAUUAUUUCCAUUUUUAUUGUAUAAUAAUACAAAUAUUUUAUGCUGAAUGUUUAAAUAAAGUGCAUGGUUUAUAUUGACUUUCGGUAUUAAAAUUUUGAAUACUUAAAACGUA